UUGUUGUUGUUGUUGUUUUAUUUAUUCGAAUUUUACUUGGCUUUGUUGUUGUGUGUGCGCAAAAUUAUUUUUGUGAUUCAUUUUUGCAAAAAAACGAAAAAAACCGAAAAAAAAAUUCCUUAGAAAUUCAAUACAAAAAAAAAGUGCAAUCGAGGAAGUAAGAGCCAAGAAUUUCUGUUGAAAAAAAAAAGAGUUUAAAAAAAGAAGAAGAAAAGAAAAAUUCCUAUCUUUUUUUUCGUUCGAAAUUGAUGCAGGUUCGGGAAUUCUAAUUCAUUCCAUUGAAUCGGGAACAAGAACGGGAAAUUUAGUAAAAAAAAAAACAAAAAAUAAAAGAAUAAAAUUGAGAUCAAACUUUGAAAAAUUGUUUUUGUUUUAUUUGAAAAACGUCUCGUUUUUUUUUGGAGUUGCGACUUGGUUUUGGUAGUGACUAGUGAGUUGAGAAACUAGUUGGACUGGUGGGACAACAAAACAACAAACUAGUUGGAGUUGACUGAUGCUAAUGUUGUUGUAUGGUUGAUGGUGGUUCACCUCAACUUUUUAGAAAAAAAAUAAAAAAAACUAAACAACAUCCAUCGACCUUUCUUUUUAUUAUUUUCGCGUGGAACGACCACUAAAUCAUCUUUUAAACAAAUUAAAUGGAAUAAUAAUGUCAUGGGAUCUUGUACUAGGCGACACUUUUUGUUGUCAACAUGUUUUCUGCAAUUGAUAACCAUAAUCGAGCGCCAAGUGUUCGACUUCCUCGGAUACAUGUGGGCACCCAUUUUUGCUAAUUUCCUGCACAUAAUAUUUGUAAUAUUUGGUUUUUAUGGAGCAUAUCAUUUUCGAGUGAAAUAUAUAAUUACAUAUUUAAUAUGGAGUAUUAUAUGGAUCGGAUGGAAUUCGUUCCUAAUAUGUUUCUAUUUGAAUGUUGGAGAAUUGGACAGAGACAGCGAUAUAUUAAACCUCGGAACCGGUAGCGUCUCAUGGUUUGAAGUAAAUGGAUAUGGUUGUAAGCCAACUUAUCCAACAAAUAUAACCUCCGACGAUCCUUACCGUCCCAUACGGCCAGAACAUGUUGAUGAUUGCCUUUUAGAAUAUCAUUUAAUUGAAGUAGUUCAUUCGGGUGUACAAUGCUUUUUAGCGACACUUGCCAUUAUUGGCUCUAUUAUGAUAAGUUACAUAUUCCUAGAUGAAGACGAUCGAUUCGAUUUCAUGAAUGGCGACGCCAAAAGUCCACAACAUACCGUUGUGCAUCCAAUGUACGUGAGCUAUACUAGCAUACCGACAUCGGCUAGCGCAACAAUGCUAUCAUUUAACAAACACAAACAAUAUCUUCACAAUAAUAAUAGCAAUAACAACAAAUCGCAUAGUAAUAGUAUCCUAAGUAACUUGCAUAAUCAUACAAUAAUUAAUAAUCAAUAUUAUGACGAUAGUACAGCUACAGCUGAUCAAUUGUUUACUAAUAGCAACAAUAAUGCAAAAAAUAAAUUCAAUGCACAUCAUCAGCAUCAGCUGCAAGCGCAACAAAUACAUCAACACCAUCCAUCCCAAUCGCAACAGCCACAAUUACCGCCACAACCACCGUCCACAACUAUCAAUACGCAAUCUUCGACUUCCUAUACUUCGCUCAAUCGAGAUAUCGCAAGCGAUAUCAUCGGAACCGCUCCGACUCCCAACAAUAGUGUCCUAUCGACAAUGUCGGCGUCCUUCGAUCGCAAUCUAAAUCUAAAUAAUCUAAGCCAAAGAGGAGACAAGUCUGCAACAAAGAACAAUAGCGGCGGCGGGAAGAAAUGCAAAACUUCCAGCAGUUAUAGCAGUUUUAUAAACAGCAAUCGUCCUGACAUCAAAUACACUCAAAUGUCAACCGAACAAUUGGUCAAAGCGGCCAAUUUUGAUGCGUCCAUUGAGGACAUUAUUGCUCUGCAGACUUUCAAUUCGGCCGAUAAGCACGGUAUGACAUAUGUUCCGUUUCAGAAGCCAGUGCCGGCUGCUCUGUUUGUUGCCCCGCCAACUCCUGGCUCUAUUUCGAAUGACAACAAUAACUUCCUGCCUACAACGCACGUCUAUAGUCCGACCAAUAACAACAAUAAUACCAUUCCGGAAGAUGGUCCACCGGUCGGACAAUUCACUCGCGACAAUUCGCAAUUUUUCAACUGUCCCCCUGUGAGUAACGCUUUCGAAAAUCGAGCGUAUAACAAUGCAACGCCACCAAAUAUACCAGUGCAGCAAAUACCACGACAGUUUCAACGGUCCGGUCAGUAUCCGUAUCCGGAUUUGUCGCCGGAUGUGACGGAGAAAUACUCCAUGCCUUACCAGUAUGUACCGCGUUCGCCGGUCGCGAGCCGCAUAGCGGCCCGUCGCCGUCAAGACAGAUCUCACGUGACGAAUUUCUGCGAUCAAAUUCGUGACACACCGCCCGGUUAUGCAGACACGGGUUUUGCUAUUAGUCGAGCUAAAUCGCAUGACCGAUUGUCGAGUCGCGGUGGGAUAAAUGGCAGCGGCGGGAUGGGUGGUGUUGGUUAUGCCGCCGCCGCCGCCGGCGGAUAUCAUCAGAAUCCGCAAAUGCCGCAUCCACCAUCGCAACUAAUACAAAUGCAAUACGCUAACGACACUAAUAACGGCAGUAAUAAUCGUCAUUCGCGUAUGAGCAAUGGCAGCGAACGUAACAAUAAGCCACGCCCUAGGUCAUAUUGUAAUCCUAGUAAUGUAAGUUAUGACAGCAACAACACUGGCGAAGGUGAUGGCGGUGAUGGUCAUAUGUGCUGAAAAGGGUUAAACAAAAUAAAAUAAUGUAAUAUUUUUGUGUUCUUUUUAGUUUUUAAGUUUCAUUUUUUAUUUUGUUUUAAUUUGUUUUUCUAAUUUUAUUUUCUAUCAUUUUUUAAUGUUGAUCUGAGUUGCUUUUGUAUAUAAAUUGAAUUGUUAAAUUAAUUUAUUUUUUUUUAAAGAAAAUUUGUACAAAAACAAA